UAAGUUCUGAGUUCUAAUUGAUGUUCCUAAAUUUCUGGGAAUUUAAGUUGAGAAUUUAAUAGAUAAAUUAUCUGAUGUUCUUAUGGAUUAGUCUAGAGAAGUUUAUCCAUGUUAAAGAAAAAAACGAGAAUUUUAAGAGAUGCCAAAGCAUAUUUCAGAAAGUUUAUCUUGCAAAAUUGAAGGCUACACCAAUAGCUUCAGGUUUAAAAGUAUAUCUUUGUCUUCCAUACUUUAACUGAAGCCUCAAAAAUAUUAAAGAUAUAAAUUUUCAAAAGAAGUUGAAGUCACAUAAACUUAAUGAUAUCGAGUCUAUGAUCCUUAAAGAUAUCAAUUAUGAAAGUAAACAUUUUUCUCGCUUUCUGGACACUUCUUUUCCGAAUAAGGUCGAUCGCAUUUGGAUCCCCUCCAAAGACUAUAGUAAAUCGAGAUCUUCACGCAAUUUCAACAGAAUCAUCAAGAUUAGUUCAAGAGUUCUCAAAAGUGCAGGUUUCAGAGGAUUUAUAUUCAAUUUCCGACAAUUUAAAAGAUUGAUAACAUCUUACAAGCUUGUGCGAUCAUUGGUAUUACAGAAAUGUGACUUAUCAAUCCCAGAAAUUCCAGAUUUUUCUUCGUCUCUCAAGAAUGCUAAAAUUGAAAUGAUAAGUCUCAUUGCCUCUCAUUUUGGAGCAGCUAGUUAUGGAAGUAACGACCAUGAUCAAAUCAUAAACCUAGUAGAAGGAGUGGCCUCUUCUCCAGACUUGUGAAGAGCCUUGGAAGAGAUAGACUUGCGUGAUUGCAGUAUUCCUGAAGGAUGUGCUCAGCAAGCUCGUCAAAUCCUUAGUUUCACAUUCAUAAAUGUUCUGGUUUAGAAGAAAAUUUCUUUCUGGGGUUGGAAA